AUGGCCUCGGUCACGGUCAAAGUGACGGCUGGCACGGAGGUGCAGGGGAAGAGCGGGAAGCUGGUCAUGUACCUGCAUGACCAGGCGCUGGCGGACGCCGCGGCCACGGUCACCGCGGAACAUGCGCUGUCCAUGAGCGAUGAGACAGUGACCUUGGACGCGAAUCCUGAGAGUGGGCCUUUGACAUUGGGGACACAUGUGCGCUCCCACCUGGUGAAGGAGGAGGAUGUACUCCAACCCCGCAGAGCGGAAGAGCAGAUUGGGAAGAAGGCCAAGGAUAUGGUGCAGCCAUCCUACUACAUCUGCGUGCGGAUGGACACGGCUCCGACGUCUUCGUCCGUCUUCGUUCCUUUUUGGCGGUUGGGUUUAAGAUCUCUGGUGCGAGGUCACGGGUGA